GCUCUUCGGGGAUAGGGCAUUUCAGCAACUAGACACCAGCCAACUGAAGAAAACCCACUUUCUGGACUUUCUCUGUUGAUUGCUUUAGUGCUUCCAUGAGUGGUGAUGAGGAAUGCCUCUUCCUAGUUGCCUAAGAAUAACAGGCUAAGGUAGAUUUGAUAGUUUUAGGUAAUAUUGUAAGAAUAGCUCUCUGUGUUGGGGGGGGGGGCACCUAUCACUCACUGCUUCUAGGAGCUGCACAGAACUGGGUCACAGUGUUCGUACUAGGAUGUUUUUGAAAGACCUCUGAAGAACUCUAGAAGAGAGCAAGUAAUUAGGAUGCAGAGGUUAGAUGAUGACCAAGAGGGUUCCCAUGCAUGGAACUGCUGACCAAGUUCCCCGAUGUCUGCUGUGCUGCUGGUUUGGACUGUGCUCCUGCACUUGGGGAUUGACCAGUCUUUGGCCAGAGGAGGCAAGUCAUGGGAGCAUUGCACAGACCUGCGUCCCUUGGAUAUUCUCUCUGAAGUGAUUCCUGUGAAUGGGGUGAAGAAUGGAAUACGGAUGAUCCAAAUCCAAGGGGCACGUGGCUUCCAGUUCUCUGCAAGGCGCUCCCGCUUCCUCAGUUUUCCAGCAUCACGGAUUUUCAUUUACUGUGAUCUCUUCCCAGAGGAGUUUUCCAUUGUGUUCACCCUGAGAGCUUUCCAUAUGCAAUCCAAGAGAAAUGAAUACAUCAUGACCAUUCUGGAGGAAAAUAGUGACACUUUGCUUCUUGGACUCCGAUAUUCACGGAAUAAACUUCACUUCCUCUUCUGGAGCAGAGAGUUCUCCAAUGGCUGGCAGACACAGGUCACCUUCCGGGAUAUAUUUCUGACAGACAAUCAGUGGCACACGCUGGUGCUGGCAGUCUCUAGAAAUUCCUUCUCUCUCACUGUGGACUGCAACAUCCCCACAGAUGUGAUUGCAGAUAUUCCUUUCCCCACAUCUUUGACCAUGACAGGAUCCCGCUUUUAUGUAGGGAGCAGAAGGAGAAGAAAAGGUUUCUUCACUGGCUUAUUAAGGCAGCUAGUCCUCUUGCCAGGAUCUGAUGCUACCUCACGGAUGUGCACUGGCAUGAACUUUAAUCUAGCAGUGCUCUCCAUCCCCCAAAUACUUCAGGAUCUCCCUGUGAAACCUGUGGAAAAUGAACUGCUGAAAUACCCUUACGAGGCAGACAUGAAGGUGACUUUGGGGUUCAGCCCUCGCUGCACCAAGAGUGAAAGUGGCCAGUUCUGGUUUAAUGCUGCUCAGAAAGGACUGUACAUUUGUAAUGGAAACGAGUGGAUUUCCUUGAUAGAAAUCAAAGAAAGAUUGGACUACCUGGAAGAAUAUCAGAGUUUUGCUACAAAUUCUGAAACGAUGGGUAUUGCAGUCUUUAUCAUUCCCAAGGUGGGACUCUUCGCAGCAACUGCUAAUCGAUACACUCGUCCUGGCUCAGCCAUCUACAAAUGGACUGAUGAGAAAUUUGUAGCUUACCAAAAUCUUCCCACCUAUCAAGCGCAGUCCUGGAAAUUCUUCACUAUUGGGAAAAAGAUUUUCCUUGCGGUGGCUAAUUUUGAACAGAAUGAAAGGGGCCGGGAGCUCUCAGUAAUUUACAAGUGGAACUACAGAAAAGAGAAAUUUGUCACGUACCAGAGGAUCGCAACACAUGGUGCUAGAGAUUGGGAGGCAUUUGUCAUUGAUGGAGAGACCUUCCUAGCAGUGGCUAAUCACAGAAAAGGGAAUAACCACAAUAUAUACAGUGUAAUAUAUAGGUGGAACUCCAGAACUGGACUUUUUGAAAUCAACCAGACCAUUCCUACCUCAGGAGCCUAUGACUGGGAAUUUUUCACCAUUGGACCUUAUUCCUUCCUUGUGGUGGCAAACACAUUUAAUGGAACAUCCACGAUACUCUACUCUCACAUCUACAUUUGGUUCAGUGGUGCCUUCCAGCUCUUCCAGUCAAUCUUGACUUUUGGUGCUGCUGACUGGGAGGUAUUUCGCAUCCAAGACAGAGUCUUCCUUGCUGUGGCAAACAGUCACAGCUAUGACAGUGGAACUGUUGCCCCGAACAACUUCUACACCAUCAAUUCCUCCAUCUACGAACUUAACAUCACUGCACAGAAGUUUGUGAAGUUCCAAGAUAUUCUUACUUACAGUGCUCUGGACUGGGAGUUCUUUUCAGUGGGAGAAGAUUACUUUUUGGUGGUAGCAAAUUCCUUUGAUGGUGCAACCUUCUCUGUAAACAGUAUUAUUUACAGAUGGCAAGGAUAUGAAGGGUUUGUAGCAGUUCACUAUCUACCAACAUUCGGCUGUAGGGACUGGGAAGCUUUCAACACUACAGCUGGCUCUUACCUCAUAUACUCCAGUGCAAAAGAACCACUUUCCAGAGUGCUGAAGCUGAAAACCUUUUGACCUGGAAAGAAAUUAGUUCAUUCGGUGCAAGCAAGGCGUCAGCCGGGACUUGUGAGGAACUACUCUGGUGUCUCAGGGCUAGAAUACUGUACCUUGGGGUACCUUCGGGUCAGUGUGGUGGAUGCUAGUGAUGAGUUGGUCUCAGUAUGGGGCUCUUGGCAAUGAGGUUUUAACCCUCUCCCUUGUUUUGAUUACCCUGUUCCAGAAGUGGGCAAGUAAUAUUAGAUCCGCCCAAUGGUACCAGUGACCACAGCAAUCCAGGUUCUCACUCACACAGACAUAUUUACAUCCCAGACCAUAAGGAACUGCUGAUAUAAUCCACACUCGUGUCAGGUUGUGUACCUUUUAUGUCCCUGGUUAUUAAUCCACACCUUAACAUGUAUACAACAAAUAUAAACCUCUUCCAGCUCAUAAGUGCAUAGAUUCCUCAUGUUGCUGCUUGUCCCUUCAUGGGAAAAAGAACAGGUGUGCACCAUGUUGAUAGAUUCUAAUUUACUUGCUUAUAACACAGUCUAUUAUGAGACCCUAUCAAAAGGACUGGAACUUUGAAAUAAAUUGUGGAAGAGAUGAGGGAAGGUUCCUUAGAACAUGGGGCUUUGUAGUAUGUUUAAAGAUUUGUGAGAUUUAAAGAACCAGCUGGUUGUUUCCUUUAAAAAAAAAGCUUAGAAAAUUCUGGAUCUCAGGGUUUCAAGGAGAAACUUUUGAGGUUUGCAAAGCAAAUUGGAAGGUCACACAUUCCAGAAGUAUUCUAGUCAGAGGUAAUGAAUACUUGGGGCAUCAUACCAGUAGCUGAUCACAUAAGAUAAAGCAAAGAUCCGGUCUCUACAUAGCGCCCAUGAUCUGUGCUUGAGUCUUUCAGAUUCUCAAUGUAACAUAAUUGGGUGGGAAGUCAAGUGCUUAAAUAGUUUAUACUUCAGCUUUAGGAAAACUGGAGUUGUGGAUUGCACACACUGGUACCUAAUGACAUGGAGAAAGGAUCUGUGACCAUUGCAUAAGAGCCUCCUUCUCGACCAUGACUGGUGCUCUCUUUGUCCUUGUUUUCAUGUUAAUCUGUGAAUAACUUCCAAAGCCUCUUGUAGCGUUUGUAUAGCUUCUACUUGUUAUGGCAAAGAGUUUCAACCCCUGUCUACAAAUGGUAUGUUUAUGUUGCAUCCAUUGAUAUUAUUGAUAACCAUAUUUCUUACAUGGAGGUGAAAUUAUUUAUUAUCAGGAGAGUAUCUGAGCUGUCCAAAAUAUUCACUGACAGAGUGACUGGCUCAGAUGUUUCGUUUUGACUGGAGGAGGAUUUUGUUUCUGAGUUUGUUUCAUAAUGUAACUGAGCGCAAGCCCAUAUGGUACGAAUGGACAAAUGCAGCACCAACUGCCAUAACUCCUUAGAUCCACACAAUGUAAAUUACCUAUGCUAGAUAUAAAAAACAACAAAAACUCAGGAGGCAAAAUAUAACAGGGAAGCACUCAGGUAGCUGAAUAUUGAAGCAAAUAUUUAAAUAUGUGCUUGUGAAAAUCUCUGAUUGCAUGCAAACCCGAAACAAAGACAGCCAAGACCUUCUGUUGCUAUGUCAUUUGGAAUGGGAUUUUGGCCUGUGGCCAACAUGGAUUCCUCUUGAUCAAUGUAAACAAAUGAAAUAAAUAAGUAAAGUUGGCCUUUUUCUUACCCAAUAGAAGUGAUUCUCCUUAUUUUGGGUUUGCAUGCAAGGGAGCUCCUGAACCCUUGACAUAAGGAAGAAUUGGGAAGGAGUUGAUUUGCAAAAUUCAUCAGAUGGGGAAAGUGGAAAGCGGGGAGCUGGAUAUCAUGACAGCUAUCCCCUUUGUGAUACAUUUGGG